AUGGCUCGAACAGAACCAUCCAAUAUUAAUCAUUGUGUGGCUUCAUCAGUAACUUCUCCUGUUAGUAGUAGUCUGUCAAAAGAUUCUAUUCAACGUAGUGAUGAAAUUAAAACUGAAUUUACUUCGCGUGAAGGUACUUAUAAAAUAUCUUCGUUGAUUGAUAAUCUGGGUAAAAUUGGUACAAGUACAUGUCUUAAUGAACCAGUUAAAAUAACAUUAUUAUCUCGUGUAGAGACUAUUUGUGAUACAAAUAGUCAAGCAAGUUCAAGACGUUCAUCAUUGACAAAUGAUAAUUCUAUUGAACAAAAACCUUUAUUGUUAACCAAUGGAAAUAAAGUGAAUGGAACGAUGUUUUUUACAGAUAUUUUAGCAUUUAAUGUUGGAAAAGAAUUAAUUAUUUAUGAAUUUGCUGAAGCUACACAGCUAAAUUUGGGUGAACCAAUUGAUCAUCGUAUUUAUAAACAAAAUCAUCAGUCUACAUGUCACGAUAUCACUCAAAAUCCAAAUACGAAUGUUUUACAUAUUCUCGUUGGAUUUUCUAAAGGACAAAUACAAUAUAUCAAUAUGCAAACAAAAGAACAAAAAGUAUUCAACGAAGGAAGUUAUUUGGAUAAAUCAAAAGUAACAUGUAUCAAAUGGUUAUCAUUUCCUAGAACAUAUUUUAUUGCAUCAUAUUCAAGCGGUUAUUUAUAUGUUUACGAUGAACAACUUAAUUAUCAACGUGAUACAAAUAUUCAACCAACAUAUGCAACAAUAAAAGAUGAUGAAAAAAAUUUUUCUAUAUCAUAUACUAAAAAUAACACAAAACAAGCACGCAAUCCAAUAUCUCGUUGGUCGAUUGGUAAUGGAAGUAUCAAUGAAUUUGCUUUUUCGCCCGAUAGCGUUCUAUUAGCUGUAGUAUCACAAGAUGGCUUUCUAAGAAUAUUUAAUUAUGAUAAAAUGGAAUUAGUUGCGUACAUGAAAAGUUAUUUUGGUGGACUUCUUUGUGUAUGUUGGUCGCCCGAUGGUAAAUAUGUUGCAACAGGUGGCGAAGAUGAUUUUAUUACACUGUUUUACUUUGAUCCCAACGAACAUACAUCACGUGUAAUAUGUCGUGGCAAUGGUCAUACAUCAUGGAUAAAUUCCAUAUCAUUUGAUUCGUAUAUGAAUGCUAAAACAUAUUAUUCAUCGUUUAUUCAACCAUCAUCUUUGUACAAUGAUAAUGAUGGAAUGAAAAAAUUUAUUUCACAUUCACAUAGUGAUGCAUCAUAUUGUGAUACAACUAUCCCGUCAUUAUUUUAUCGUAUUGGUUCAGUUGGACAAGAUAAUCGUCUAUGUUUAUGGGACAUAACUGAAGAUAUUCUUAAAAUAAAUUCAAAUAGUAAACAAAAUUCGUUAGUGCAUUCAUUGAUAUCCUCAGUGAAACCAACGACAAAUGGUUGUACAACAUUAUCAUCUGAUACACUAACAAAUACGCAGACAUCAUUAGGAAAAUCUUCAUUGUCAUCGUUGGCAUCUCGUCUUUCAAUUAUACGACGUUCGAAUAAAAUAAAUAAACCUAUUGAUGACGCAUUCGAUACAAAUUCCAUAGCACAAUCCAAUGGUUCAUCGAAAAAAUCUCGAAAAGUACCCUUAUUUUUAAAUGGAACAAGUACGACUAAAUCGAUAUCAUCGAAAAAUUCAACAACAUCCGAUGAUACAAAUCGCAGUCUACUAUCGGCAUUAACAAAUAAUAAUAAUUCAUCGUCCCGCCAAUCAAAUUUCGAUCUCACAAAAAAUACGUUCGGUACAAAUCUAUGUCCGAAAUUAGAAGAUAUACAAAUGAUUGAACCCGUUAUUACGGAAUUUAUAUCAAACGAACGUUUAAAUGGAAUUUAUUUCGGUGAAAACUAUUUAAUUACAUCGUCGCAAGAUGGAUUUAUUACAGUUUGGGAAAAGCCACAAAAACUCCUGAAUAUUAAUACUACCGACGAUCGAACAAUAAAUUCAACAGCAAUAAAUAACAGUAAUUCUCACCAUUCGACAGUUUCCCAUCGAUUAUAA